GAGCCACAUUGGGGGGACUGAGGGGAUCGCUGUCCGCAAGUCCCCAACCUCACUGGGGUUUCUGUUUUGUUUCUCCUUGGGCAUACAAGUGGGGAGGCCGACAUUCACCGGGUCUCCCCAUGCCCCCUUCGCCAUCCUCGCCCCCUUGGCGUCCACUCCAGAAGGAUCUGCUUUCUGCCAUUCCAAUGCAAGUGGCCUGUUUCACCCAAGCUUAAACAAGACUCCAGAUCAUCAAGAUGGAUUACAACUCUUACAGCGGGGUUCCAAGGUUCUUGACCAGGCCCAAGGCCUUUGCGGUGUCCAUGGGGAAAGAUGCCACCUUGAGCUGCCAGAUUAUGGGAAAUCCCAUCCCGAUGGUGAGCUGGGAGAAGGACAAGUUUCCCAUCCAGACUGGAGGGAGAUUUAAGAUGGUGGAAGACGGGGAUCUGUAUCGUUUGACCAUUUAUGACUUGAACUUGGAGGACAGCGGCCAGUACAUCUGCAGGGCCAAGAACACCAUUGGGGAGGCCUUUGCUGCAGUGAGCAUCAAGGUUGGGGAGCAGACGACGGUGACGGAACAGGCACCGUACUUCAUCCAGAAGCCGACAUCGAUCCGAGUGAUCAUGGGAGAAGAUGCCAUGUUCAAAUGCAUUGUCCAGGGAAGUCCUCCUCUUUCUGUGAACUGGGAGAAAGAUGGGAGGAACUUGGGUGGCAGGUCGGAAUCCAACCGCAUCCAGAUUCAAUCCCAGGGUGAGAAAAACGCCCUCAAGAUCCAAAGCACUCGCUUGGACGACACCGGGACGUAUACUUGCCGUGCCGCAAACCCUCUUGGGGCCACCAGCGCCGCAGCUUCAUUGGUGGUCGAUACAUCAGAUUCUUACAGCCCGGGGGGCACCCGACAUGCCAUAGACGUGGGCAACAGCAAGACGUCCCCAUUGCUAACCCACUUGCAAAAAAGACGGGAGGAAAUCCGGAAGACGGACUUUUCUAGCACCGACUCCAUCAUCUCCUCAGCUUACGCCUCCACCGAAGGACGGUCCAAACUGGGCCUGAAUCUCUCCCUUGAUUAUGAAAGGGCGGCCAGCUUGACUGCCAAAGGCCUCCGAGGUGAUGGAGGUUCAUAUUAUGGGGUGACCACGCGGACCUUCACUGUCACGGAGGGGAAACACGCCAAGAUGAGCUGUUACGUGACGGGAGAACCCAAGCCAGAGAUCGUUUGGAAGAAGGAUGGCGAAGUCAUCCUGGAAGGUCGAAGGCACAUCAUCUAUGAAGACGAACAGGAGAACUUUGUGCUGAAGAUCCUCUUCUGCAAGCAAGUUGAUAAUGGUCUCUACACUUGUACGGCUUCCAACUUGGCUGGGCAGACUUACAGCUCUGUUCUGGUCACAGUCAAAGAACCGAAAAUCCCAUUCAAGACAAAGCUACGAGAUCUGGAAGUCCGGGAGAAGGAGUCGGCGACCUUCCAGUGUGAGGUUCCUGCUGCCACCACCGAAACCACCUGGUUCAAAGAGGAGACGAAACUUCAGCAGAGCAAGAAGUACAAUAUUGAAGAAGAAGGAACGCACAGGAAGCUCACGGUCCAAAAUGUCACCAUGGAUGAUGAUGCUGUCUACAUCUGUGAAAUGAAAGAAGGGAGCAGGACCAUUGCAGAACUGACUGUCCAAGGGAAUAUUAUCAAGAAGCUUCCAAGGAAGACUGCAGUCAGUGUGAACGACACGGCCAUAUUCUGCGUGGAGCUAGAAAACAAGUGCCAGAAGUCCCGGUGGCUGAAGGAUAAGGAAGAACUGAAGCCCAAUAGCAGGAUCUCUAUCACCGCAUCCAAGAAGGAGCACAGCAUGAUCAUCCGAGAUUGCAAAAUGGAAGACACCGGUGAGAUCGUGUUUGUGGCCGACGACUGCCGAACAUCCACCCAGUUUACUGUUUCUGCCCCGAAGAAGCCUCCAUCUCACCCCCCUCUGGACCCGGUGGUGAAAAAUAAAACAGAAACCUCAGUGACGUUGGCCUGGUCCCCUCCCAAGAUGGAGCGCCCCAUCCCCAUCGACGGAUACCUGGUGGAACGCAAGAAAAUGACCGGCUUCACCUGGUUGAAAUGCCACGAGUCUCCAGUUCCCGAAACCGAGUUCACCCUGAGCAACCCUCCUGAAGAGGCGGAUUACUACUUCCGAGUGUCGGCGGUGAACAGCUAUGGGCAGAGCGACUACCUUGAAUUCCCAGGAACGCUGCACCUUGAACCAGUGUUGGCCGUGAGAAGCCUUCUGAGAAACGCAGAAGUGAACCCGGGUCGGGAUGCGACUUUUACCGUUGACCUCACGAACACUUGCUCCGGAUCGUGGUUUAUUAACGGCACCCAAGUCCAGAACAGCGACAAGUACAUCAUUACAAGAACCAGAACCACGCACAGCCUCACUGUCAAGCGAGUCACAAGCGCCUUCAAAGAGGCCGAGGUGAAAUUCGUCACCAACAACAACAUCGAAAGCACUGCUAAGAUAAAGCUGAAAGAUGAAGUGGCCAACUUUGCCAAUGACUCAGUCCCUGGGAUUUCCGUCAAGCUCUUGGAGAAGUUUGAGCUGAUCUGCGAGGUCUCCUCCAUCACGGAGGGCGUUGUCUGGAAGAAGGGCAAGAAAGAGAUCAAGCCGGACCAGAGAGUCACCUUUGCCGCCGAAGGAUUGCAACGGAAGCUCGUUGUCAAAAACGCAAUUAAGGAAGACGAAGGGAUCUACUCUUGCGAAACAAUGAGCGACAAAUUAACAUUCCAAGUUGAAGUCAAAGAGCCUGAAGAAGUGUUUGCCAACAAGGAGAAGGUACAGAAAGAGGUCAAGGUGGUCCUUUCUGAGAACGCGUGCCUUGCCUGUGAGAUGGUCCAAGCGAACACAGAAGUCCGGUGGUUCAAGGAUGGGAGACAGAUCAGGUCCAGCCAGAAGAUCAAGAUAGAAUCUGAAGGCAAAUCCCGGAGGCUGGUUGUACAGCAAGUGGAGAAAAAGGAUGUCGGCGAAUACACCUGCGAAGCCGCUGGACAGCCGCUGACUUUCACCCUCAUUGCAACAAGUCCCAAAGUCGUCGAAGCCGAGGAAGCAUUCGCCAACAAAGAGAAGGUACAGAAGGAGAUCAAGACUUCCCUUUCUGAGAAUGCGACUCUCAGCUGCGAAGUCUCCCAGGCCAAGACAGAAGUCAAGUGGUUCAAGGAGGGAAAACUUAUCACCUCCAGCAAGAAGUUCAAGGUAGAAACCGAAGGCCGAUCCCGGCAGCUGGUUGUCCAACAGGUAGAGAAGAAGGAUGCUGGGGAAUACACCUGCGAAGCUGCGGGACAGAAACUGACCUUCAAAGUUAUAGUAGUAGAAGCUGAGGAUGUGUUUGUCAACAAAGAGAAGGUACAGAAGGAGAUCAAGGCUGUCUCUUCGAAAGAUGCCAUCCUCAGCUGCGAGGUUUCCCAGGCCAAAGCAGAAGUGAAGUGGUUCAAGGACGGGAAACCCCUCACACCUGGAAAGAAGCUCAAAGUAGAAGAUGAAGGCAAAUCCCGGCGGCUGAUUGUACAAGCGACGGAGAAAAAGGACGCGGGCGAAUACACCUGUGAAGUCGGCAACCAGAAACUGACCUUCAAGGUUACUGUAGCAGAUGCAGAAGUGGAGGAGGUCUUUGCCAACAAGGAGAAGGUCCUCAAAGAAGUCAAGGCGACCCUUUCAGAAAAUGCCUCCUUCAGCUGUGAGGUGGCCCAGGCCAAAACAGAUGUGAAGUGGUUGAAGGAUGGGAAGGUGAUCACAGCCAGCAACAAAUUCAAGAUAGAAACCGAAGGCAAGAAGCGGAAGCUGCUUGUACAGCAGGUGGAGAAGAAGGAUGCGGGAGUAUACACCUGUGAAGCUGGGGGACAGAAACUGGCCUUCAAACUCACCGUAUCAGAAGCCGAGGAUGCGUUUGUCAACAAGGAGAAGGUCCAGAAAGAGGUCAAGGUUGUCUCCUCAAAGGAUGCCACACUGAGCUGUGAAGUGGCCCAAGCUAAGACAGAAGUGAAGUGGUUCAAGGAUGGGAAACUCAUCACAUCUAGCAAGAAACACAAGGUAGAAGCUGAAGGCAAAUCCCGGAAGCUGAUUGUACAUGCAACAGAGAAAAAAGACGUGGGAGAAUACACCUGUGAAGCCGGCAACCAGAAACUGACCUUCAAGGUCACUGUAGCUGAUGAAAAAGUUGCAGAAGUUGAGGAAAUAUUUGCCAACAAAGAGAAGGUACAGAAAGAGAUUAAAGCCAUGUCUUCGGAAAACGCUACUCUCAGCUGUGAAGUGGCCCAGGCCAAAGCAGAAGUGAAGUGGUUCAAGGAUGGGAAACUCAUCACCGCCAGCAAGAAAUUCAAGGUAGAGUCUGAAGGCAAAUCCCGACAGCUGAUUGUCCAACAGGUAGAGAAGAAGGAUGCUGGGGAAUACACCUGUGAAGCAGCGGGACAGAAACUGGCCUUCAAAAUCACCGUUACAGAAGCUGAGGAGGUGUUUGCCCACAAAGAGAUGGUCCAAAAAGAGGUCCAGGCUGUCUUUUCAAAGGAGGCUACACUCAGCUGCGAAGUGGCUCUGGCCAAGACUGAAGUCAAGUGGUUCAAAGAUGGGAAGCUCAUCACUUCUAGCAAGAAACACAAAGUAGAAGCUGAAGGCAAAUCCCGGAGGCUGACUGUACAAGCAACAGAGAAGAAGGAUGUGGGCGAGUACACCUGCGAAGCCGGCAACCAGAAAGUGACUUUCAAACUUAAUGUCACAGAGCCUGUAGAGAUCUUUGCUAACAAGGAGAAGGUGCAGAAGGAGGUCAAAGCUGUUGUGAAAGAGGACACCGUUUUGUCCUGUGAGGUGGCCAGCUCUGAUACGGAAGUGAAGUGGUACAAAGACGGGAAGCUGCUCAGCUCCAACAAAAAAGUCAAGAUGGAGUCCAAAGGCACCUCCAGAAAACUGGUCGUGGAACAAGUGGAGAAGAAGGAUGCUGGGGCCUACACUUGUGAAGCUGCUGGACAGAAGCUGACCUUCAAGGUUGAAGCAGUUGAACCUGAGGCCAAAUUCCAAAGAAAACCUGCCCAGGAAGAAAAGAUUGUUGUCCAGGAGCAAAAAAGCGUGGUCUUGUCAACUUCUGUGACGCCUGAUAAUGCUGAGGUCAAAUGGUUCAAGGAUGGGAUUGAAAUCAAGGGCAACAAGAAGUAUGAGAUGAAAAAAGAUGGAGCUUCCCGGACCCUGACUGUGAAGCAGGCUGAGGUCAAGGAUAUUGGUGUUUACACCUGCGAGACCAAGAAUGACAAGCAGCAGUUCCAAGUUCAGGUCCAAGAAGUCCCAGUCAAAUUUGCCAAGAAGCUGGAGCCAGUGAAAGCGGAGAUUGGUAGGAGCGUGACUCUGAGCUGUGAGCUCAGCCAGCCGAAGGGCGACGUUGUCUGGCGCAAGGAUGGAGUGGAGCUCAAAGCGGACAAGCGCUACCAGAUGCGCGAGAGCGGCGAAAAGCGCCUUCUGACCAUUACAGGGCUCCGGGCAGAAGAUAAAGGAAACUACUGCUGUGAAACCAAAGAUGACAAGUGCAGCAUUCAGGUCACCCCCAUAGUGCCCAGAGUGGUGAAGUUUGUCAAAGGCCUCCAUAACAUAGUCGGUGAAGAAGGCAAGGAAGCUUUCUUCAAAUGCGUCGUUUCCCCCAAUGAUGCAGCCAUCACAUGGAGCCGCAACGGAACCAAAAUCGAAGCCAGCAAGAAAUACGUCAUUUUCCAGAAGGACUCAAAUCACAGCCUCACCAUCACUGACCUGAAUCUACAAGAUUCAGGUGAAAUCACAGCAGAUGCAGAAGGGGUGCAGAGCAAGGCCAACCUCAAGGUUGAAGAAGCCCCAGCCUUGUUUGUGAAGAAGCUGGAAGCCAAAACGGUGGAGGAGAAGGAGACAGUGACACUAGAAGUAGAGCUCUCAAAGGCCACCACGGAGGUGAAGUGGGUGAAGAAUGGCAGCCUGCUCCAUUCAGAUGCCAACAUGGAGAUCAAGGCCGAGGGGACAAAGCACAGCCUCGUGAUAAAGAGUGCCGCCUGCGAGGACCGUGGUUUUUACGCCUGCGAGACCCUCCAUGACAAGACCCAGGCAAAACUCACUGUGGAAAUGAGGCCCAUCAAGGUGGUGAAGGGCUUGCAACCUAUGGAUGUCCACGAAAAAGACUCUGUCACCUUCGAGGUGGAGUUAUCCCAUGAAGAUGUGGAAGGGACCUGGAUGAAGGACGGCUUGAGGCUGAAGCCCAAGGAGAACUGCCUCAUUAGCGCCAAAGGGAAGAAGCAUUCGCUGACCCUCUCCAAACUUGCCAUGGAGGAUUCAUGUCUCAUUGCCUUCAAGGCAGAAGGAGUUCACACCACAGGAAGACUUAACGUGAAAGAAAGUCCAGUGAAAAUAAUCAAACCUCUGGUAGAUCUCAAAGCUCAGCACAAGGAUAACGUCACCUUUGAGUGUGAACUGUCCCGGGCUAAUGCGGAAGUGAAGUGGCGUAAGGAUGGCACUGAGCUGCGGCCAAAUAAAAGAAUCGUAAUGGUGGCCCGGGGAACGAAGAGAAGCCUCACCAUUCACAAAUGUGAAUACGAAGACCGAGGGAAAUAUAUGUGCGAUGCGGAUGAUGACAAGAGCACUGCUGCCUUGGACAUCCAAGCCCGAGACAUCAAGAUUGUGAAGCCACUUGAAGACUUGGAAGUGAGCGAGAAAGAAAGCGCGUCGUUCCUCUGUGAGAUUUCGCACGAUGAGGUGGAAACGCAGUGGUUCAGCAACGAACACAAAAUCCGGGCAGGAGACAACAUCAAGUUGCGUCAAGAUGGAAAGAGCUACCAGCUUGUCUACAGAAGCGUGGAAGUGGAGGACUCAGCGGAGAUCAAAUUUGUUGCCGAAACGGCAGAAUCUCGAGCAAAACUUAAAGUGAAAGAAUUGCCCGUACGGUUUGUGAAACCCCUGCGCGUGAGGAUUGCCAUUGAGAAGCACCGGGGCUUUCUGGAGUGCCAAGUGUCUCGGGCCAAUGCGGAGGUCAAAUGGUACAAGGAUAACAAGGAGAUCCAUCCGGGCCAGAAGUAUGAGAUGGUGAGCGACGGGGUCUACAGGAAGCUUCUCAUCAACGAGGCAGAAUUCGAGGAUGAAGGCAUCUAUACCUGUGAUGCCAUUGACGAGAAGAGCACUGCUCAGUUCUACGUUGAAGAGCAAUCCAUUAAUAUUGUGAAGGAGCUGAAAGACGUUGAGGUGAUUGAGCCAGCGGAAGCCAGGUUUGAGUGUGAGAUCUCCAUUCAGUCGGUGAAGCCUCCCAAGUGGUCCUUACGUGGGGAGGUCCUCCAAGCCAGCAAGGACAUUUUGAUAGAGCAAGAAGGGAAGAUCCACCGCCUGAUCUUGAGAAAGACUGACGUGGACAUGACCGGCACCAUCCAGCUUGCCAUUGGCAAAUCCAAAUCCUCAGCCAACCUGGUUGUGAAAGAUCUCCAAGUGACCAUUACCCGGCAGCUGGAGGACAAGGUGGUGAUGGAAACCCACUCGGUGGUCCUCUCUUGUGACUUCAAGCCUUCCCCAAAGACGGUGGAGUGGUACAGAGACCAUACCCUCAUCGAGGCCUCCGACAGGUUUAAGAUCAAGAGGGAGAAAUACUCGGCGGAGCUCAAAAUCCUGAAGCUGAAUGUCGGCGAUUCUGGUGUUUACAAAUGCAAAGCUGGAAGCACGGAAACCAAAGCCACGCUGACUGUUUUAGAGCGCAAGGUGGAGAUCACCAAACACUUGCAGGAUGUGGAAAUCGAGGAGGAGAGCUGUGCGGCCUUCUCCUGUGAACUGUCUGAAGACACUGAAGAUGUGGAAUGGUUCCUCAACGACACACAUCUCUUUCCCAACAACUUCAAUGAGAUCAAGAGCCUGGGCAAGAUUCACAGCCUGACGCUAAAACACGUCAUGCCAGAAGACUCGGGGACAGUGACCGUCAAGGUGCAUAAGAAGGUCUCCGAGAGCGCACGGCUGAAGGUGAAAGAGAAGCCUGCUGUCUUCAUGAAAUCCUUGGAUGAUGUGGUUGGAGAAGAGCGGGGCACCAUCACCCUGGAAUGUGAGGUCUCCAAGCCAAAGGUCAAACCCAUCUGGAAGAAGGAGGGCCUGGAGCUCACGCCAGGAGAGAAGUACGAGAUGCUUCAGGCGGGGAAGACGCUGGGUCUCGUCAUCCAUGACCUCAGCAAGAGCGACGCCGGACUGUAUACCUGUGACCUCGGCACAGAGGUCGCCAAGUCUAGGGUCAACAUCCAAGAGCUGAAUGUUGGCAUCACAAAACGCUUAAAGAACACCGAAGUGCUGGAAGGAGAAAGCUGCAGCUUUGAAUGUGUCCUCUCCCAUGAGAGUGUUGAGGAUUGCCAUUGGCUGCUCAAUGGGACUGAAGUGGGCCAUGAAGGACGGUUUAGGGCCUUCAACAAAGGAAGGAAGUAUACCCUCAAUAUCAAAAAAGCCCUACCUUCUGACGCUGGAGAAGUGGUUUUCUCUGGACGGGACCUGAACUCUAAGGCCUUGCUGGUCGUGAAAGAAAAGCCAGCAGAAUUUACCAAGAAGCUGGAAGACAAGACCACGGUGGUGGGCCAGGAGGUGAGCCUGAGCUGUGACAUGUCCAAGUGGGACAGCAACGUCAAGUGGUGCAAGGAUGGGAAGGAGAUCCGGAGGAGCCAGAAGUACGACAUCCGGCAGGAGGGGACCCGGGCCAUCUUGAUCAUCCACGAUGCCUCCGUCAAGGACAGUGGGGAAUAUACCUGCGAGACAGAAAUCUCCAAAACCAAAGCAAGGCUUACUGUGGAAGAAGCGGGGAAUUGCUUCAUCAAAGAUCUUUCAGACCUGAAGAUAGAAGAAAAUAAAAAAGCAGUUUUUACCUGUGAAACUAAGAAGCCAGCUUCGACUGUGACAUGGAGGAAAGGGAUCACGGAUCUCAAAGCGAGCAAGAAAUGUGAGAUUAGCCAGAAGGGGAACGUGCUGCAACUCACGGUGAACGACUUGGUGGAAAGUGACACCGACAUCUAUACUUGCGACAUUGGUGACAUGCAGUCAAGCGCAAAGCUGGUUGUAAAAGCCCUGCCGGUUCUUAUUCAACAAGAACUGCAAAACAGGGAAGCUCAGGAAGGAAGCAAAGUCCGCUUGAGCUGUGAGCUGAACAAACCAGACCUGCCGGUUCAAUGGAUGAAGGGCAGCAACGUCCUGCAAGCCGGCGAUAAGUAUGAACUCAAGCAACGGGGCACCGUGGUGGAGCUGGUCAUCCGGGAUGUGAAGGCGGCGGAUGCCGGGGAAUACACGUGUGCCAUUGGCGAGGUCAAGACAUCUGCUCAUGUGGAAGUGACGGCUGCACCAAUCAUGUUUAAAGAAGAGCUUAGAGAUACGGAGAAAGAAGAGGGGGAAGUUGUAGCUUUGCGCUGUGUCCUUGCCGCACCGGAUGUCACCGUGUCCUGGAAAAAAGGAGCCACUGUCCUUCGGGCCAGUGAGAAGUAUGAGAUGAAGAAGGAAGGCUGUGUAGCUGAACUAAUCAUUCAUGACGCAGAGACAGAGGAUGCUGGGAGAUAUUCCUGUGACACUGGAGAACAGCAGAGCACAGCUCAGGUCAAAGUCCAUGCGACACCUGUCCGUUUCAAAGAAGCCCUGAAGAACACAGAAGCCACACAAGGCGGAGUGGUCACUCUGCGUUGUGAGCUCAACAAACCUGCUCCGGUCGAGUGGAUGAAAGGGCAGAAAGGCUUGAGGCCCAGCAGCAAAUACAGAAUGAAGAAAGAAGGUCCUGUUGUGGAAUUGAUUGUCCAUGAUCUGGACCUGAAGGAUGCUGGAGAUUACUCCUCCUUGCCAGCCCAGUUCAAAAAACAACUCAAGAACGAGGAAGCCACUGAGAGUGGAACAGCCACUCUGCAAUGUGAGCUAACUAAGGCAGUCGACUCCGUCGAGUGGAUGAAGGAUCAGAAGGUGCUGGAACCCAGCGACAAGUACAGAAUGCGGCUAGAAGGCCGCUUUGCUGAGCUCACCAUCCAAGACCUGGAACCGGGGGAUGCUGGGAGCUACACUUGUGUGUGCGGAGAUCUGAAAACCACUGCUGCUUUGAAAGUCAAUGCACUGCCUGUGUUUUUUCAAGAAGAGCUAAAAAGCCACGAGGUUGCGGAGGGUGAGACGGUGACUUUGCACUGCAGGCUGAGCAAGGCCUCCCCUGUGGAGUGGCAAAAGGGGCCAAAGACACUCAAAGCAGGCGGCAGAUACAAAAUCAGGCAGGAUGGGCUCAAUGCUGAGCUGGUGAUCCAUGACUUGGUUGUGGCAGACGCUGGAGACUACUCUUGCAAGUGUGGAAACCAGAAGACUACAGCUAGCUUGACAGUGAAUGUCCUUCCCGUGCUUUUCACCAAACCCUUGAAGGACCAAGAAGCGACCGAAGGGAAAAACGUCACUCUGCAGUGUGAGCUGAACAAAGCCUCUGUCGCCGUGGAAUGGAAGAAAGGCCACAAGACCCUGAAGCCAGGCUCCAAGUACAAAAUGAGGCAUGAAGGUGCCGUGGCCGAACUGGUCAUCCAAGGCCUGGACGUCACCGAUUCUGGGAGUUACAGCUGUGUUUGUGGAGGGGAGCAGACCACAGCAUCUUUAGAAGUCAAGGCCCUUCCUGUACUGUUCAAAGAAGGACUGAAGAACAGGGAAGUGGUAGAAGGCACCACGGCCACCUUGCGUUGUGAAAUGACCAGAGCGGGAGCUGAAGUGGAGUGGAGGAAGGGGCCCCAGGCCCUCAAGCCCAGCGACAAAUACCGAAUGAGACAGGAAGGAGCGGCGGCAGAAUUGCUGAUUCGGGAUCUGCAGGUGGAGGACACAGGAGAGUUUGCCUGCCUUUGUGGAGACCAAAAGACAACAGCCAUCUUGACCGUUCAUGCCGUACCCGCACAUUUCCAAGAAGAGCUCAAAAGCAAAGACGUGACCGAAGGGGAGGCGGUCAUUCUCCACUGCGAACUCAACAAGGCUGCCCCGGUGGAGUGGAGGAAGGCCGGGCAGCCGCUCAAGGCAGACGACAAACACAAAAUCAAGCAGAAGGAUCGUGUGGCUGAGCUGGCGAUCCACAAUGUCACCGAGCAGGAUGGCGGAGACUAUUCCUGCAUUUGUGGUGAUCAGAAGACAUCUGCGUCUCUAACGGUGCAUGCUCUGCCUCCACGAUUCAAAACAGAGUUGAGGAACCUGGAAGCUGCAGAAGGUGGAACGGCGACUUUGCAUUGUGAACUGACCAAAGUGGCCGCUCCUGUGGAGUGGAAGAAGGGCAGCGAGGCGCUCAGGCCAAGUGCCAAAUACGAAAUGAAGCUGGAAGGUGUUGUUGCUGAGCUUGUCGUUCACAACCUGGAACUGGCUGAUGGUGGAGAGUACAGUUGCAUGUUUGGUGACCAGAAGACUUCCGCUUCCUUGAAAGUCAAUGCCCUCCCUGCCCAGUUCAAGAAAGGCCUGGAGAACCAAGAAGCCCUGGAAGAUGGGACGGCCACCUUCCAGUGUGAACUCACAAAACCAUCUCCCGUGGAAUGGAGGAAGAAGCAUAAGUUGCUCAAACCGAGUGACAAAUACAAGAUGAGGCAGGACGGCGUCCUCUCAGAGCUUGUGAUCUCCAACCUGGAAGCGAAAGAUGCCGGAGACUAUUGCUGUGUUUGUGGAGAUCAGAAGACAUCUGCGGCUCUGACAGUGCAUGUGUGGCCCCACAAGUUCUAG